AAAAAUUGAUUUUCCUUUUUAUUUCUAUCUCAUGGCAGAAAAUACAAAAGAAGGACCAGCAGUAGCUAACACUGCUGCUACUCCUAAGCCAGAAGAACAAGGCUUCUUCAAGAAAUAUGGUGGACAGAUUGUUCAGAUGAUCUUCUUUUGGUUGAUUAUGAAAACUGUGACUGGAGGAUUUAACAAGUCCACUCCUGAAGUGAACACACAUGUGCCUAGUUCACCUGGUGCUACGACUAGCACGACAGCGAACCAACCCGCCUUUACUCCCGGAGCAGUUACUCUUCGCGACUAUGCUGUCGGUGUUCCUAAUGAUGUAUUUUACUUUCCUAAUCCUUCUGUGCCUAUCUCUAGUCUACCUGAUGCCUUGGUUCCUCUCUGGCAACCUGCCACACCCAUGGAAGUGUCUGUUUAUGUCAGUGAAGAUGAAUAUUUUACAGAUUAUCAUAGACAACCUGAUUGGAAGACAAACGACAUUUAUUAUCAAGAGUCUUUUGAAGCCAGAGAACAUCGUAUUGAAAUACCUGCUACCAAGACAAUUCAACACAAUGGUACUGUGUAUGCUCAUAUCUUUAUUACACAAAAUGAGAUGCCUAUUGAUCCAAACGAUAAAACUUUUCAUCCUAAUGCAGUUGUAUAUUAUCGACAUGUUCUGACAAAGUUUUAUCCUCAAAAGGCCAUUGUUAAACAAAAAAACCUGUUGAAGAAAGGCGAAGAAGAAGAAGAGGAGGAACAAGUACAAAAGAAGGAAGAAAAGCAACCAGUAGAAGAAGUGGAGGCUGGUUCUGCUGCUAGUAUUGUUGAUUUGGGUGCUGGCAUUUUAGGCGACUUGACCCGUCGUGGCCCUAUGGUUGCUCAUUGGCAAGAGAAUGUAACGCUUGCAUUGAUUACAGACAAGAAGUCAGUGCUUCCCAAGAAUGGUUUACAACCUCCUGUCAUCAAAUAUGUUCAAUUCGAUCAUGCUCUUGCUCGUACACCUAAUGGAAAGCAAGGCUUCUAUCGACCCAUCUUGUUCCCUAAUGAUUUCUGGGCUUUACAACAAAAUGCUUUUCCUGUGAAUGACACUGUAAAUUCACUUCCUCUACUUAUUCGCCUUGAACCCAUUUCGAUGUGGAAGUUCAAUAUCUACGCUACUUUGGAUGAAUCCAUGAAACAACAGGCCAAUAGUCCAAUGGGUGGUAUGACUUCAAGUGAUUUAGAUGAAGUCAAACGUAUGUUUAUGGAAACCAAUCCUGUCUUGUUGGGCACAACUAUUCUUGUCAGUCUUCUCCAUUCCCUCUUUGAAAUGUUGGCUUUCAAGAACGACAUCCAAUUCUGGAAAAAGAAAGAAAACAGUACGGGUAUCUCUGUUCGUACGUUGAUUGUCAACAUCUUUUUCCAAAUUGUUAUCUUUUUAUACUUGCUCGAUAAUAACCAAGAAACGUCUUAUAUGGUCUUGAUCAGUCAAGGGUUUGGUCUGUUGAUUGAGUUAUGGAAAGUGUUUAAGGCUCUCAAGUAUGAAUUGGUUUGGGUGCCUGGCUCUUUGUUGCCCAAGUUAGGUCACCAAGAAACUCAACAGACAGAAGAAGAAGACGAGACUGCUAAAUACGAUGCUAUUGCCUUCAAGUACUUGACUUGGGCUUCUUAUCCCUUGUUGGGUGGUUAUGCUAUUUAUUCACUUUACUAUGAAGAACACAAGAGCUGGUAUUCUUAUGUCCUCAAGACACUUGUUGAGUUUGUCUACAUGUUUGGCUUCAUUACCAUGUUGCCCCAAUUGUAUAUCAACUAUAGACUCAAGAGUGUUGCUCAUAUGCCUUGGAAGACAUUGAUGUACAAGUCACUCAAUACAUUCAUUGAUGAUUUGUUUGCUUUUGUCAUUAAGAUGCCUACAUUACAUCGUCUUGCUUGUCUUCGUGAUGAUUUUGUGUUCUUUGUAUAUCUUUACCAAAGACAUGCUUAUAAAGUGGAUCACACAAGAGCCAAUGAAUAUGGUCAAGUAGGUGAAUCUGCUGCUGCUGAAGAAGAAAAGAAAGAAUCAAAAAAAGAUAAAUAAUAGGUGCUGUGUACAAUAAAACA